GGGGAAAGCAGCGAUUUCGAGACUAGCUAGGGAAACCUUAGCCAUCCGCCCCGCCCAAGGAGCCCGACUCUCCAAAGCCUGGGAUUAAGGGCCUGGAGGCUGGCACCACACCCUGGCCAGGUGUUCAUAACAGGACCAGGUGCGCAGCUGCCCCGCCCUGGUCCCUGGGAGCCCGGAUAAUGGCUGAGAAUCCGAGGAACAGGCCUUGGCGGUGGCCUAAACAAUACCCAGAGGGCACCCGUACCAGCAGGUGUUUCCCUCCCUCCUCCUUAGGGACAGUCGCUGGAGGCUUGGGGCGGGGUGGGCGACAGGUGCUGACACACCCGCACCGGGAGACAGAGGCUCUGUAUUGCUCCACUGCAUCGGCCAAGGUGCGCGGUGCCCUCCUGGACGCAGGGGGCGCUGUGGCCACUUUGAGACAGACAACUCUGCCCCUGCGACCGGGUCACUAAACGCCGCUGCAGCCAUGGCCACUGCUCUAGGAUUUCGCUCCCUUUACCAAACGCGGCAUGCGCCGCUCUGUCGGCACGUCUAUCGGCUGUGGAGGAACCCGCGUCGAGGACACCGGCUCUCUCCGGCGGACGAUGAGUUAUACCAGCGGACCAACAUCUCUCUGCUGCAAAAGGAGUUCCCUCAAGCUACUUACAUCGACAGCUACAAUAGCAGAGGUUUCACUAUCAACGGAAACCGCGUGUUUGGCCCUUGCGCGCUGCUCCCACAGACGGUGGUCCAGUGGAACGUAGGAUCUCAUCAGGAUAUCACUGAAGAGAGCUUCUCCCUUUUCUGGAUGCUGGAACCUAGGAUAGAGAUUGUUGUGGUGGGCACCGGAAACAAGACUGAGCGGCUGCACUCUCAAGUCCUACGGGCCAUGAGGCAGCGGGGCAUUGCUGUGGAGGUACAGGACACGCCCAAUGCCUGUGCCACCUUCAACUUCUUGUGCCAUGAAGGUCGAGUGACGGGAGCUGCCCUCAUUCCCCCUCCUGGAGAGACUGCACUGGCUUCUUUGGGUCAAGCCUCAGAAUGAAAGGAGCUGUCAAGGAGGGCACUGUGCAUGGUAUCCCAGUGGUUUCCCUACUCGCUGCCUUUUGGCAUACCACACUUGUCAUGCCUGCUCAGGAUAAUAAUUUAUGCUCUUACGUAUUAGUUGUGUUGCUGGGUUUGGCUGCUGACAGGGUGGGGGUGAAAAUUAAGGGUUGUUUCACUCAAUUUAGGAUUCCCUGGCCCCUUAUCUACUUUGCUCAUAUGCAGAUGAGGAGACCCCAAUAGCUCUCCCAACUUCUUUAGAAGUACAACUACAGGUCCAUGAAGUACACACAGCAUGGCCCAGGCUGUGUCACAAAUGAGGAGACUAUAAUCUGUGAACAUGUGUGAUGGUGGUGACCGCGAAAAUUCCAAGUGUCCAUUGAACUCAAAGAUCAGUUGUCAAUUUUUUUUUUCCCAAACUUUUAUUGAAAAAUUCAAGGCAUAUACUGG